AGACAUCUCUCCUCUACAAUUGAUAUAGGAUAGUAGGGGAGGGAUCUUAUUAGUAUAAUGUAUUCUGUUUAGGUGCUUCUGAUAGAUUGUAACCUCCAAAGCCUAAGCCAAUGGGGCCAUGGGGGAGGAAAUGGGGCAUCGCGAUAGGAUGUACAAUAGGAUAGGAUUUUGGAAUUUGGGGUGUGGUUCAGUGCUUGGCUACAUUGCAUUGCCUUCCUGAAUCCACCACGCUUUGCAAACCGUUAUUUUUUUUAGACUUUGUUGUGAAGUCUAAUAAACUUCUUUUCUAUUUGUAACUCAGAGUGGAUUUCAAUUUGUGACUAUUUUUGUGUCUAACAAUUUUGGUGCCGAAACCCGGGACUCAAUGGGAUUUCGUUCAGGACUCCCUAACUUGGAGGACGAUGUGGAAGGCAUGCCCUAUCGAGUUCGACAGUCCAGCUUCGAACUCCAGGAGUGGUGGGUGCUGAAUGAACCCUACAUCCCUACGAACCGAAAUAGAAGUUGCAAAUAGAAACGAAGGGUGAGGGAACCAGAAAGAGAGAUUGCCGGCCUUAGGAAAAACCGGGUAACUUCGUGCACGAACCUAGAAGGAAGGAAGGAGGCGCCGCCCGAGAGGAGAGGAGGCCCCGCGGAGCAGCCCCGGGAGGAGACGGCGGGGAAGGCCCGGCAGGGAUGAGCCGAAGGGGACUCCGGGAAAGGAGGCCGCCUGGAGCGAGAAGCGGGGAGCAGGAAACGGGCGGAGACCCCGAGACGGGCCUGGAGGGCGGAGGGUCCUUCGGGACAGGCGGAAGACUCAGGAAACGCAACAGAAUCCAAGAGGAAGGAGAGAAAUAUGAAUGCCCAGAAUGUGGAAAAUCCUUCAAAAGAAAAGCAGAUCUUAAAAAGCAUCUAAUAAUCUACACAGGAGAAAAACCAUUUAAAUGCCCGGAAUGUGGAAAAUCCUUCAAAAGAAAUGCAGAUCUUGAAAGGCAUCUAAAAAUCCACACUGGAGAGAAACCACAUAACUGUCUGGAGUGUGGAAAAUGCUUCACUCAGAGAGGAAACCUUUAUGCACAUCAAAGGAACCACACAGGGGAAAAACUGCAUAAAUGCCUGGAGUGUGGAAAGAGUUUCAGUCAUAGAAGCAGCCUUUAUGCACAUCAAAGGAGCCACACUGGAGAAAAACCUUAUGGGUGCCUGCAGUGUGGAAAGAACUUCAGUCUGAGGGGGAACCUUUAUAAUCAUCAAAGAAUUCACACGGGAGACAAACCCCAUAAAUGCCUGAAGUGUGGAAAGAGUUUCAGUCUGAAAAGAACUCUUUAUCAUCAUCAAAGAAUUCACACUGGAGAGAAGCCCUAUGAGUGUCCAGAGUGUGGAAGGAGCUUCACUCUGAGGGGAAACCUUUAUAGACAUCAAAGAAUUCACACUGGAGAGAAACCCUAUAAGUGCCCGGAGUGUGGAAAGAGCUUCACUCAUAGGGAAAGCCUUUAUAAUCAUCAAAUUAUUCACACUGGAGAGAAACCGCAUAAAUGCCUGGAGUGUGGAAAGAGCUUCAGUCGGAGGGUAUACCUUUAUGAUCAUCAAAGAAUUCACACUGGAGAGAAACCUUACGAGUGCCUGCAGUGUGGAAAGAACUUCAGUCUGAGGAGAAACCUUAAUGAUCAUCAAAGAAUUCACACUGGAGAGAAACCGCAUAAAUGCCUGGAGUGUGGAAAGAGCUUCACUCUGAAAAGAACGCUUUAUACUCAUCAAAGAAUUCACACUGGAGAGAGACCCUAUGAGUGUCCAGAGUGUGGAAAAAGCUUCAGUCUGCGGGGACACCUUUAUAGACAUCAAAGAAUGCACACUGGAGAAAAACCUUAUGAGUGCCUGCAGUGUGGAAAGAGCUUCACUCAGAGGGGAAACCUUAAUGAUCAUCAAAGAAUUCACACUGGAGAGAAACCACAUAAAUGCCUGGAGUGUGGAAAGAGCUUCAGUCUGAGGGGAAUCCUUUAUAGACAUCAAAGGAUCCACACGGGAGAGAAACCCUAUAAGUGUCCAGAGUGUGGAAAGAGCUUCACUCUGCGGGGAAACCUUUAUAGACAUCAAAGAAUUCACACUGGAAAGAAACCCUAUAAAUGCCUGGAGUGUGGAAAGAGCUUCACUCAGAGGGGAAACUUUUAUAAUCAUCAAAGUAUUCACACUGGAGAGAAACGCUAAAAGUGCCUGGAGUGUGGAGAGAGCUUCAUUCGAAGGGGAUACCUUUAUAAUCAUCAAAUAAUUCACACUGGAGAGAAACCCUAUAAGUGCCCUGACUGUGGAGAGAGCUUUAGUCAGACGGAAAGCCUUUAUAAACAUGAGAGGAUCCAUACAGAAAAACCAUAUAAAUGCCUGGAAUGUGGAAAGAGCUUCAGUGCGAGGGGACCCCUUUAUGCACAUCAAAGAAGACACACAGGAGAGAAACCAUAUAAAUGCCUGGAGUGUGAAAAGAGUUUCUGCGAGAGCAGAAGUCUUUCUAGGCAUCAAAGAAUCCACACAGAAAAAAAUCCAUAUAAACGCCUUGAGUGUAGAAAGUGUUUUACACCUCCGUCAACAUCAAGAGAUUCAUGCAAGAAAAAAAUUCUAUAAUUGCCUGGAGUGUGGAAACAGCUUCACUGGGAGAGAAAAUACUUAAUAAAUUAUGACGUGUGGGAAAAGUUUCAGUCAAAAUAGGUCUCAGUAAAAAUUAUACACUUUACACAGAGAAUAAAGUUUAUAAAUGCACAGAGUGUGCUAGAUUUUUCAGAAUAAAUGGCAGUCUCAAAAACGAACUAAGAAUCCAAGCUGUUUUUUUUCAAGGGGCAAUUGGACUUUCUUGUUUCUUUGAAGGCUUUUCGCUUCUCAUCCAAGAAGCUUCUUCAGCUCUGACUGGAUGGUGGAGAAGGAUAUAUAUUCCUUACAGACAGCUGAUCAUUUGCAUUCUUUUAGAGAGUCGGUGAGGCCACUUGGAGGUUUAUUUGUGUUCUCAGGAUCUCUUGAGUAGUGCAAACGGGUGUGUACCCUAACCCUCUGUCCAACAUAUGGACUUCGCUGUCUUCAAAAGAGUGUGUCUUUUAAAUUUAGAUGGACUGCUGAAUCUUGUCCUGAUAGGUUUGUUCUCCUAUGUUGUGCCGUGCAUUUAUGAAGUGGUUGUUCUCCCCAAUGAAAAGACAAAGGUCAUUCUUUUAAAGACAGCAAAGUCCACAUUUUGGACAGAGAGGACCGCUGUGUCAAAAUUUAACAGCUCUCUCUCUCGACGAGAGGGUUAUCAUCAUCUACCUACAGUCUUCAACACAGUCCUUUCAGCAGUUCCAAGAAGGCUCAAUAUCCAUUUGCACUAUAAAAGAAUACAAAUGACCAGCUGUCUUCAAAAAAUAUCAAUCCUUCCAUUGCCCGCCUUCCAGUCAGAGCUGAAGAAGCAUCUUGGGUGAGAAGUGAAACAUCUUCAAAGGAAAAACAAGUCCAGUUGCCUCAUGAAAAAACAUCUUUGGGAUGACCACUAGCCUGUUGACAUGCGAUAGCAGAUCAGUGAAUGAUUUCUGGUCAAAGUCAGAAUUGGAAUAGAGCUGGAUGGCCCAUCUUGGAGGUCACCUAGUCCAACCCAUUGCUCAAGCAAGAAAUCCUAUGCCAUUCCAGACAAAUGACUGUCCAGACUGAUGGAUUUACGGUCAAAUAACACAUUUUAAUUAUGGUGUAUCUACCCUGAAAUCCAAAGAGGAAUAGAAGAACCACUUAAGUCCGGGGCCUCCCAGCCUCCCCUCCAAGUGUUCACCAUCCCAAGGAGGUCUCCCAUGUUGGCGCCUCUGCCUAACAGGGCCUGUGACACGGUGGUAUUCACUCAUGAUCGGCAGCCACACAUGGGGUGUUGAUGGUCGCUUUCUCUCGUGGGUGCCUAGAACAAUGGUAGUCAACGUGUUAUUUAGCUGACAUAUUAAAAAUGUCAGCUAAAGACUCCUGCGAGUCCCUUGAACUGCAAGGCGUUCAAACCGGUCAGUCCUAGAAGAGAUCAACCCCGACUGCUCUUUAGAAGGCCAGAUCCUGAAGUUGAAACUCAAGUACUUUGGCCACCU